AUGGAUCAAAUGGUGCUGGGGAUGGCCCGAGAGGCCUUCGCGUCAGGCACGAGGGGAAAGAGCGACCACGAAGCGUGUGGCGAGCAUGGGGAGAAGCUCACGCUCUUUUGCUUGGAGGACCUGGAACCCAUUUGCGGGGUUUGUGGGAAGGCGGCGGACCAUCGAGGACACAGACUGUAUCCCAUUGGAGAGGGGGCUAAUGAUUGCAAAGAAGAGCUGAAAGGCGCCCUGCUGCCUUUGAAGGAGAAGUUACAGCAGUACAAGCAGGCCAAAACCGUGUGCGAGGACAUGCAGGAGCAUGUCAAGAACCAGGCGGAGCACACGGAAAUGCAGAUCAAGAAAGAAUUUGAGGCGCUCCACCUCUUCCUCAGGGAGCAGGAGGCGACCAGGCUGGCUGCCCUCCAAGCUGAGGAGGCUCACAAGAGCCUGGUGAUUAAGCAGAGGAUUGAGGACUUGGACCAAGAGCUGGCCUCGCUCUCCAACGUCAUCCUCAUGGUGGAGAAGGAGAUGCAAAUGCAAGAUAUCCCUUUUCUUAAGAAUUACAAGGACAUCAUAAGGAGAACAUGGAUCAACUCUGUGGAGCCUGAAGAGCUGUCUGGUGCUCUAAUUGAUGUGGCCAAGCAUACAGGCACUCUCAAGUUCCAAGUGUGGGAGAAGAUGAAGAAAAUAAUCAAAUACAGUCCCGUGAUCAUGGAUCCCAACACGGCAGCCAACUGCUUCAUCAUGUCCGAGGACCUAACGGCGGUGCAGAACACCUCGCAGACCUUCAAGCUCCCCAACAACCCGGAGCGCUUCGACAUCAGCGCAGAGAUGCUGGGUGCCGAGGGCUACACGAAAGGCCGCCACAGCUGGUGCGUGGAGGUCAAGGACAACACCUACUGGGUGGUAGGCGUAGCCAGCGAGUCCAUCAACCGCAAGGGCAAGCACGUGCUGACGCCCGCCGAGGGCUUCUGGACCAUACGCUUCCGCAACGACGAGUACAAAGCCUGCACGGCGCCGUGGGAGUCGCUCAACAUGAAGGUCAAGCCGGAGGUCAUCAGGGUGUUGUUGGACAUGGACCGGGGCAAAGUGGCUUUUUACAGCCCCCCCGAACGAGAGCCGCUCUACACUUUCACCGACAUCAUCACGCCGAAAGCCUUUCCUUACUUUUGCACGGCUUGCAAAGAACACCCGCUGACUAUCUUGCCCGCUAAGUUGACUCUUACCACCGACUGA